AUGGGUCAUCGUAAGUUUGAGGCUCCACGUCAUGGACAUCUUGGGUUUCUUCCUAAGAAACGUACGAAACAUCAUCGCGGUCGUGUUCGCAAGUUUCCUCGUGAUGAUGCGUCCAAGGCACCGCAUCUGACAGCAUUUAUGGGUUUUAAAGCUGGUAUGACGCACAUUCUUCGUGAAGUAGACCGUCCCGGGUCAAAGGUGCACAAGAAGGAGAUUGUUGAGCCUGUGUCGAUUGUUGAAACGCCUCCAAUGGUCGUUAUUGGUGUUGUUGGAUACUUGGAGACCCCACGUGGUCUGCGCACUCUUACGACAGUGUUUGCUGAGCAUCUGAGCGAGGAGGUAAAGCGUCGGUUUUACAAGAACUGGUACAAAUCCAAGCGUAAAGCUUUCACCAAGUAUGCGAAAAAGUACCAAACGGCCCCUGCGGAGAUUGAAAAUGAGCUUAAUCGCAUCAAGAAGUACUGUCAAGUUGUCCGUGUACUUGCUCAUACGCAAGUGCGCAAAGUAAAGCUUCGUCAGAAGAAGGCUCAUAUUCUUGAGGUGCAAGUGAAUGGUGGUUCGGUGGCCGAAAAGGUUGACUUUGCCAAGUCCCUCUUUGAGAAGCAAGUGCCCGUCACAGCUGUGUUUGCUAAGGACGAGAUGAUUGACGUCAUUGGAGUUACCAAGGGUCACGGUGUCGAAGGUGUGAUUACUCGUUGGGGUGUUACCCGUUUGCCGCGUAAGACUCAUCGUGGUUUGCGUAAGGUCGCUUGUAUCGGUGCCUGGCACCCGUCGCGUGUUCGCUUUACGGUACCGCGCGCUGGUCAGCACGGUUACCACCACCGUACGGAGAUUAACAAAAAGAUCUAUCGUAUUGGUGCAGCUGGUGACAAGAAAUCGUGUAUGACCGAGCAAGACCUGACUGAGAAGGAUAUCACGCCGCUAGGCGGUUUCCCGCACUACGGUGUAAUCAACGAGGACUGGCUCAUGAUUAAGGGUCAGAUCGUUGGUACGAAGAAACGGGCACUGACCCUACGCAAGUCGCUCUUGGUGCACACGAAGCGUUCGGCUCUCGAGGAGAUCAAGCUCAAGUUUAUUGAUACGUCGUCAAAGUUCGGUCACGGUCGUUUCCAGACGGCAGAGGAGAAGGCCAAGUGGAUGGGCCCUCUUGCUCACCAGAACCGUUCGUAA